UCCGCCGCGGCCAUGGCGGAACCUGCGGGGCCCUUCCAUGUGCUCCGAAGCGGGACAGGCCGGUUCCUCUGUUACUGCGGACCCGACGGUGUCGUCUAUGUGACCGACGCGAUGGAGGUCUGGGCCGGGGAGCUCGGUGGCUGCCCGGCGCUCAGCUCUGUAUGUACCGGGGGGGGACAAGGGGAGGCGGGAGAGCCCGGGGCUGAGACCGGCGUGCCGGCGGGGCAGGGAUGGAUCUGGACCCAAGGUAGGCCAUGGACGCGCUCUCCUCCUCUCCCUCUGCAGCGGUGCCCGCCGGCGGAGCACGGCGCGAUGCUCAGGGCCGCCCUGGGUCACGGGGCCGCUGCGCUGAGCCUGGGCCCGGCUUCGGCCGCGCUGCGGCUGCCGGAGGAGCCGCAGUGCCCGGCGGUGGCUCUCGCCCAGCUGCCCGCCGCCGAGGCGCGCAGCCAGCUGCAGGCGCUGGUCUUCGGCAUGGCCGGCCGCAUCGAGAGCCUGGAGAAGCGCCUGGAAGCAGUGGAGACGUUAGCAUCUUCCUGCAGCCCUGAGAAGAACACUGCCCAGAGCCAGCAGCUCUUCCUGCCAGACCCCAGCCCCAGGAAGAGUAAGGCUUCUGGCUCAGCUUUGCCAGGCAAAAGGAAGGUACCAGGAGAGUCUCUCAUUAACCCUGGUUUCAAAAGCAAGAAGGCACCAUCUGGAGUGAAUUUUGAGGACUCCUGAUGGGUGCUGUCCUGUGCCCUGAUGACAGCCCUAUGCACCCUUAUGUCUGAGCGAGGAGGUGUCCCUGUUGUUCCGGACCUGCUGAGCUCCUCGACCCAGGAAGACAACAGAGGCAGCAGUACCUGGCAGCCACCCCUCAGCUUUCCCCUUUGGGGGAACAGAUGGAGCAGAGGGGACACCAGCAUGGUGGGUUUUUCCCCUGCAGCUCUUCCCUGGUGGCAGGGACCAGCUCCUGACCUCACUUACCUUGAACUGGUGGAGUUUGGAUGGAGCUUUGAUACCGUGGAAUGGAAAGAUCACCUGUGCUUUUCUUCUUGCCAGUAAAGGUGUUUUUAGCCA